AUGGGCCAACGGCUACAUGAUCAGAUACAUUCAGUCGAGAGACUAGGGAGCGAGGAGGAUGCGGUGCGCAAAAUGGCCGUGUUCAAAUUGCAGAGCAGCAUCGGCGACCCUUCGUUCGCAGAUAUCUUUAUCGCCGAAGAUGGGCUCACCAGACUCCGCUAUCUCACUCUCCAUGCGAGUGGAAAUACGUUGGCCUACAGUCUAACCAGCUUCGCCAGGCUAUUGGAAGUUGACAAGGGGUGGGAAUGUGUGGAUCAAGAAUUGGUUGAGAGAGUUGUUGAACUUAUAGUCACACACCCCCUUGUCAACAUCCUCAGGGGGGCCAUGUCCAUUCUCGUCUCUGUCGUGUCGCAUCCUUACUCGGGCGGCCGUUUGUCGCAAAGUGGCUCUUUUGGAUUCCGUGCCCUGAAACCUGCAAUCGCUCUAUACCCACAAUUUCUGGAAAUGCUUGUUAGUCGACUUUCUUCGGCGGACCACGCACUCUGUGCCAAUGCCCUCCAAUUGAUCAAUUCAUUAAUGCGUGACUCUAUAACCAACGAUACAGAGCUGGAAUGGCCUAAAUUCAUCCAAAAGCUUCAGGAUCUUGGGGUGAUUAAGGCUGUCUACUCGUUGAUGCAAGGCACCGCGUUACAAGACCACGCACAUCCUCUGAUAGAGUUUCAGUCUCUCACAAAAGUCCUCCUGCGCAAAUGGCGCGAUAUCCCGUUAGAUCUUGAAAAGCCAGAGCACCGGAGAGCCCUCAAAGGUAUUCACCUAGCCAGCAGCACUCGGGAGAGGGAAGACAGCGACGUACGCCGAUCAAGAAGACACAACCCGGAUAAGUGGCGACGACUUGGAUUCGAGACCGAGAGCCCUGUGAUCCAAUUCGAAGAAAUGGGAUUCCUGGGGAUGAUGGACUUGGCGGAUUUUGUGCGAAACCAUCAGGAUGGAUUUCAGAAAAUGCUGCUGGAACAGUCGACGAAACCCGCACAACAGCGGUGCCCUAUUGCCCGUGCUUCUCUGUCUGUCACUUCAAUUCUAUAUGACCACUUUGAGGUUGACAAAUCAGAGGUUGAAGACAGCAAGAGCUAUCUACUACUGGAGUCUCGCUCUAAUCUAGACAAAGUUUUCAAACCUCUUUUACUUCACUGGACUCGCUUGCAUGUGGCAGGGUUGCACGCCUUCUUUCGGCUGUGGAAGUCGACCAGUGCAGAGGUCGAGGACUAUGACAAGAUUGUGGAGUUGGUUCGCAUAUUAAUCGAGUCUGUCGUGGGUGGCGCUGCCCGAACAAAAGAUGUGCAAGACGUGGAGGAAGAACUUGCCGAUUUUGAGUACGGCCGCCUACGCAGCCUACAGAUGGAGCUGCUAGAGCUUACGUAUGAGGAUGUCUGGGGACAACAUUUGCGACAAGUACGUGAAGAGUUACAGCACGAGGCCCUUCAGUUUGUCAAGGAGCAGAGGAUACGGUGCCUGCUGCAAGGUGCUUGGUUCCCAAAUGAUGGAAGCCCAAAAGUAGAAGGGAAGCAGGCAAUAUCAAAAUGGAGAUAUGUUCAACUGUCCCACAAUCGAAGGUUUCUCCAUUUCGGAGAUUUUGAGAGGAUGGACGAGACCAAGCGUCCAGAGCUUGAUGUGCUUGGAAAGAGUGAGCUCCCGUUCCCCAAUUGGACUUCUCAAUUAAUUAACAAUUCAGUCGAUCUAUCCACCGUUUCUUCCGUUGUCUCAAAUGUUUCUGCCUCACCCGACAACUCAUCUUCUUCCACGGUCAAGAGCAUGUCGCAGCAACGUGUUUCGUCGACGAAAAUCACCAUCCAUGGCUACGUUGCGGCUUCUAGCGAGGCGCAGAAGACUAACGGCCAUUCUCGUUCCGGUAGUAGAGCUACCCAACGAGAGGCAACCCUUUUGACACUUCGCCCAGAGUCCCCCAGCAUUGCUUCCGAGUGGCUCGAUGGCCUGCUUAUGCUUUUGAAUCAGCAGCCAAUCACCGCCGAGACUAGCAAGUUGAUCAAGCUCAUCAGUGACUAUGGGCUGAAAAUCCGACUGCUGAAUGUUCGAUUUGACGACGCGGUCUUUGCAGGUGAAGCUCCAGCCGUUCCCUCACGGGAGGGACUCACUGAUGAUUACUAUUAUGAUAUCUUUGGGGGUUCGUAG